AAAGGAAGAAUGUUAGCCGGUGGGAUGUUGUUGAUGUAAAUUCUGGAGAAUCUGCUAAAAGAGGAGCCGGUGGGAUGUUGAAAUGCAAGAGACAAACAAGAGAAUCACUAAUGAGGUUAUUGAAGAUAAUCAGAAGGAAGAUUUAGUUACUAGAACUCCAUGUAGUCUACAAGAUAAUGGAAAACUGGAAGAAGUACAUCAGACAAGCAUAGGUAUACAAGAUAAUAAAGCGAGUGCAAGUCUACACGGGUAUCAGGAGAGUGCAGGUAAACAACCUCAGGUGAGAAGAGAUGUAUGUGGAUCUCAAAUGAGUGAAGAUGCAUCGGGAUCUAAGCAGUUGCAGAUACACAACAAUUUACGAUAGAUAAAAGUGCAGCUAAGAAAGAAGCCAAGUUUGCUGUACCAAAUUUUGAACAAAAAGUAGUGGGAGAGAGGAAUAAGAAAAUUAAGAAGGCUCUAGAUGAUGUGUUCAGUGAUGUGCCACCUAUUACUGACAAUUCUGAUAAUUAUGAAAUGUCUAAUUUAACAUCUGAAGAACAAUUGCGUAAAGCUAAACUAAAGAAAACAUUAAGUGACUUGUUUGGAAAAUCGUCUGUUUCUCAUAAGAGAGAUAAUACCCUCUGUAAAUCUGAUGGAACUGUUGAGAAUAUGUCUGACACUCCCAAAAAAUUUCAAGCUUCAAAUACCCUCAAAGCCAGAGGAGUAAAAAGUGUUCAAGAGUCUAAAUAUCAGUUUAAGAAACCCUUAGAUUUUUUAUUUGAAUCAGACCUAAGUUUAAAGGAAAGUGGCCAAGAACGUGUAAAAAAUUUUACCAAGGUAAAUCGUCAUUCUAAGAAACGAAGAUUGGUAGAAGAGAGAUAUACGCCACAACCAUUGUCUAAGGUAAUUGUAAAGAAAAAAUCAAGACGCAAAUCAAAAUCUGAGAUUGAUAGCAAUCCUAGUCCUCGCAAAAAACUAAAUACUAAUUUGGAAUAUAAACCUCAUUCUAGUUCAAAGAGGGCCCCAGAACCUGAGUAUCAACCCAAAUCAAUUAGAAAAUUUUCUUCAGACCCUGAGUAUAAGCCCCACUCCCUUAGUAAGCACUCACUGAAGCCUGAAUAUAAACCUUUGUCCAUCAGUAAAGGAUCCUUGAAGCUAUUGUACAAGCCAAAAUCCAUUACCAAAGGAACUUCAAGGCCAGAAUAUGAACCCAAGCCUAUUCGAGGUUCUCUGUGGACUGAUACAGGAAAUGAAUGCACCCUUAAAUCUUUUCAGAAUAGAAUACAAAACAAAGAAAAAUUAGAGGAAGCUGAUAGAGUUGACAUGUACGUACCCAAGCCUCUUUCAAAAGAGAGUGCUGUAAAAGAAUAUAUACCAAAGCCAAUGUGUUUACCACCAAAUAAUGUAGAACAGGAAGAUGAGUAUAGUCCUCACCCAGUUGGCCUUGAUAAGCCUACACCUGAAUACAUACCAAGUGGAAUAUGCGAGUCAACUGAGCAUGAAGAAGAGUAUGUGCCUCUGCCACCAAAAAAUAAGCAGUCAGCAGAUAAUGUGGGAGACAGUGUUUUAUUAUCACCCGUAGUGGAAGGAAAUUCUCAGCAUAUCCUAGAGAAAAAUUCGUCAACACCCAUUUUGGUGAAAACAUCCAUAAAUACUCCACUAUAUGCAGCUGAUAUUUACAACCAGUGUUCUGUGACAACUCAUACUGGGGAGAAAAUUGCUCCUGGAUUUUAUAGGGAACAAGAUGGCAAUAGCAGUCAUGAAGAAAGGCAGAACCAGAAUUCAGGAACUGUAGGAAAAGGAACUUUACCAAAGAACCAGAGACAAGGACCAUCCAAGAAGAGUGAAGUAGGAAAACAAAAGACAAAGCCACCUGGACCUGAAAUGAGCAAGAAAUGUUCAAAGAUUUUGAUGUAUAUUCCUCCUCCUCCAACGUUUGACAUGAUCCUCUCAACUCUUGGAGACUAUAACCUUCCAGAAGUUCUGCAUCCACCUGCUUUUUGUAGCAAGCCUGGUGAUAUACCUUCAAAGCCUGUUGAAAUUGGGGGGCAGGUCUUGAAGUUAAAAUCUGGAAUAGCAUCAGAUUUAGAAGAUUUUGAGGGGCGUUUUCAAGAAGAUGGAUUGUACAACUGGCGUUUAUUGCUAAAGGCUUUAAAUUCAGAGGCAAGCAUACAUGUGAUCCAUGAAUCAGCUUUUCUGGAAAAUCGAGGUAAAACAGAAUGUUCUAUUCUAACUCCUGUGAAGCCUCCACCUUCUCCAGAAGAAGUUAUCAGGUGGACCAAAGCACGCAAAAUUUUUAAAUCUAUUAAAAAGAAAAGUGAUCACGAUGACAAGGAUAAUGAUGAUGAUGAUGAUCCUUCAUCAUCUAAAAAACAGAAUAAAGCAUCAUCUGACAGUAAAAAUCAUAAUUCCAAGUCCUGUAACACCUCAACCAGCCAAGAAACAAGACCUCAGAAAAAUUCUUCUGAUGGACUGAGUGAUGUUCAUGCAGAGACCACUAAUCUUCAGCAAUUAAAAACUAGCACACCUCAACCAAAAAUCUCGUAUGCUUUGGAAGUGUUACAUCUGACUCCCAUUGAAAAAAUUUCCAGUCCAUCUGCUGAAAAAUUGAGCCAAGAUAAGAGACAGUGCCAGGAAAGAAGCACAAAACGUAGAGUAUCAUGGGAAGGGAAAGAAUUAAAAUCUGGUAAAUCUCCAAUCAUUUACAAGAGGAGGAGAACAUUGUUUGAAGAAUUAAACCCUUUAGAGGAAGAAUCUGAAGAUCAAAUAAACCUAGAGUUAAAGCCAAAUUCAAAAAAAAGUGUAUCUUUUGAUGAAUUAAUGCUUAAAUCUCUGGAAUCAAGAGAGAAUUCUGCUGUUGGCUCAGUACAGUUAGCUGAAUAUUUAGAUAAUGAGGGAAACACAAGUAGCAAGACAGACACUUAUGUUGCAGAAGUUGAUUCUCGGAUACCUGUAUCUGCAGCAAGUAUUGAAGGUACUAAAGUUGAAGAAAGAACAAUAUUAUCAGAAGAAAAAAAGACAGAAUGCCAGCCAACUAGUGAAGAUUACCCUGAUAAUUCACAGUCUCUGCUGUCUCAUAUCUCUCUCUCUUUAACAUCCAAAAUAACAAGUCAGCAGUCAAGUCAGCAUUCCAAUGAUUCCUCUUUACGUCAGCAGCUAAUGAAUACUCAAUUCCGACAACAGUUCCUUAGUUUUUCUCAAGGAAAAGGAUCCUUUUCACAGGUAACUAUAUUUCUUAUUUUGAAAAAUAAAGCAUAGCUAAAUUCCUAAAAA